CAAGUCAAAAUGGCGUCUGACAAGGAGUGCGUAGAUAAAGCAAUUAUUGAAAAGAAGCAUAGUGGUAUCCCUGAAGCUACAUUUUUGGAAGACGUUGAUGCAUUUAUGAAGACGAAAGGCAACGAAGGAGCAGAGAGCGUCAUAAGACGGCUAGAUGAGCAGCAUCAGAAGUACAAAUUCAUGGAAAUGAAUCUUCUAGCAAAGAAACGCAAGCUGCAGAGUAAAAUUCCAGACUUAAAAUCUACCUAUGAAAUGGUUAAAGUUUUGAAAGAUAGUAAGAAACAAGAUAAGACUUUGAGUACACAGUUUCUUUUGUCCGACCAAGUAUAUGCCAAUGCAUCUAUACCUCCUACAGAUAAAGUUUGUUUGUGGUUAGGGGCAAAUGUAAUGUUAGAAUAUGACAUUGAAGAAGCUGAGAAACUGUUGAGUAAAAAUCUAGAGUUUGCAAGGGAUACUUUACAAGGUGUAGACGAUGAUUUAUGCUUUCUUAAAGAUCAAUAUGUGACAACAGAAGUUAAUAUGGCUCGUGUUUAUAAUUGGGAUGUUACUAGAAGACAAAUUUUGAAGGCAUCAAAUUCCUAAAAGAAAAUUGAUACCCUUGUGCGUGGUUAUUUGCGGAAAACCAUAGCUAGAUGAACUUCUUUAAAGGGGAAAGCAGGGAGAGAAUGUGGAUUGAUAAAUUAAAGAUAAAAUAAGUAUAAGUUACAUGAAGUUUGCCAAACUUGACGUAUGCUCGCGGGCCUUAAAAAUGUAAAUAACAAAACAACUAAUUAAGUCAUUUUUGGUGUGUUUUCGACUUUUCGUCGUAUUAAAGAAAUACAUUGUACAAGAAAACAUGCA